AUGGAUCCUUGUGAAUGCUCUAAAACUGGCUCUUGCAACUGCGGUGGAUCCUGUAAGUGCGCCAACUGCGCAUGCACCAGUUGUAAGAAAAGUUGCUGCCCCUGCUGUCCUUCCGGCUGCAGUAAAUGUGCUUCAGGCUGUGUGUGUAAGGGCAAGACCUGUGAUACCAGCUGUUGUCAGUGACCUGGUGCAUGACUGACAAUGCAGUCAUUCCCUAUGAAAUUGGUUGUACCAUCUUGAGCCUAGACUUAGUACUUAAAUGUAAGAAAAUAAAUUCCAUUUAACUU